GGCGGAAAGUUUGGGGGGAGAGCGGCUGGGGGCGCGGAAGGGAGGCGAGGUUCCGGGGGUGGGGCGGCUAGGAGGCGAGAGGCAAGCGGGUUAGCGGGCCGUGCGAGAGAGGAGGCGUCGGCGGCCGAGGAGGAGGACGAGGGCGCGGGGGUGCGGCCGCCGAGGGGAGCUCCUCCCCCCCUCCCCUCACCCCCUCAGCUGAGCUGCUCCAGCCCGGGGCGGGGCGGGGGUACGUGGAGCGGGACAGGGCGGGGGAGCUGCUCCGGGUCGGGCCGAAGAGCAGCCUGGCUCCCCGCGCACGCCGCUCGCAGGAACUUUGUGUCGGCGCCGCAGGUGUGGGGGCCCGCGGCGGUGUGCAUGUGCGGCGCCCCGAGGCGGCCGCGGUCCUGUCCGGCCCCUGCGGGAGCAGCCCGGAGGAGGCGAGCACGGAGAAAGGUGUGUGUCCUCUUCCUGAUUCUGGGGGACAAUGCCGGUCCGGAAGCAAGAUACCCAGAGAGCCUUACACCUGUUGGAAGAGUAUCGAUCGAAACUAAGCCAAACUGAAGACAGACAGCUCAGAAGUUCCAUAGAACGGGUCAUUAACAUAUUUCAGAGCAACCUCUUUCAGGCUUUAAUAGAUAUUCAAGAAUUUUAUGAAGUGACCUUACUGGAUAAUCCAAAAUGUAUAGAUCGUUCAAAGCAGUCUGAACCAAUUCAGGCUGUGAAUACUUGGGAAAUUUCCAGCCUUCCAAGCACUACUGUGACUUCAGAAACACUGCCAAGUAGCCUUAGUCCUACUGUAGAGAAAUACCGGUAUCAGGAUGAAGACACACCUCCUCAGGAGCACAUUUCCCCACAAAUCACUAAUGAGGUGAUAGCUCCAGAAUUGGUUCAUGUCUCAGAAAAGAACCUGUCAGAGAUUGAGAAUGUCCAUGGAUUUGUUUCUCAUUCUCAUAUUUCACCAAUAAAGCCAACAGAAGCUGUUCCUCCCUCUCCUCCCACUGUCCCUGUGGUCCCUGUCCUGCCAGUCACUGCUGAGAGUACUGUCAUCCUACCCACCACACCACAGGUUUUUAUUGGUUUCUUUUUUCUUUAUAAACAUUUCAUCUGCUUGUAAUGUUUUAUUUUUUGUUCUUUUAAAACUGUUAGUUUUUUGUUAGAGUUAUUAAUUUAAUUUGGGCUUUGGUUAGGAAAUUAGAUACUGUGGUUUAAUAUGAAAUAGGUUCAACAUUUGCCAUUUUACUAGGCAGACUAUGAGAUGGGAUGGAUUCUACGCUACUGUUUAGAUUUGUUAUGAUGCCUUUUGAAAUUGUAAAUCUGUUCAAAAGUUUUUAAAUAUUUUUGCUUUAGAAAAUUUUGUCUUAAUUUCUAAUGAUAAUAAAAAUAAUUGUACUCCUGAUCUUGUUUGUGUUGGAU